AUGCAGCUCGGCUUUUCAGCUGAUUUCACACGUUGCACCAUGUCACCAAGCUGUGCUGUGUGCGAGAAAGCGGGCGACAAGAUGAAACUAUGCGGCCAGUGCAAAGAUCGCUGCUACUGCAGUCCUGAAUGCCAGCGCUUAGAUUGGAAGACCCAUAAGACAUGGUGCCAAAAGAACGCGGGCAAAAUAGAUCAACGAGUGAAUCAAACACUCAAGGUUGUUGGGAAGGGCAUUGAUCCAGCUGAGCUCUUUGCAGAACAUCCUUGUUGCAAAUACGUGGCGGUGAUCGAUGGGAAAGGUGCUGGCGUGAUAGCAUCAGACUUCAUUCCAGCAGGCGAGAUCAUUGUGCGAGACCAGCACAUCUUGUGCAUCACUGGAGAUGAGCUUGGCUUGUCGGAUAUUUGGUCCGAGUCUAACAAGCCUCCGGCCAAAUUUGAUCGACAACAUGAGCUGAUCAAAGAAAAGUUUGAGCGGCUUUCAGAAUCCGAUCAAGCCAAGGUGCUUUCGCUUGAAGACAUGCAGACAAACAACAAGCUCACACGCGCUAUUGUCGACAGACUCUUCAAGGAGGGUGCAAUCAAAUCAUCCUGGGAAAAGCUCUAUACACUCACUUCAGUGCCCUCCGCACAUGUUUCAGAAGUACAAGAUGCUGGGUAUAAGAGCCCGGAAGGAGUUUUCAAGACAAACAGCCUGCCAGUGGGAGAUUCCAAUUCUGUGGGCUUGUUUCCCCUCAUCAGCAGAUUCAACCAUAGCUGCUGCCCCAAUGCAUCGUACCGGUGGAAUCAUGAUGUGCAGAGCCAAGUGGUUCAGGCGAUGAGAGAUAUCCAAGCUGGUGAGGAAAUUUGUGUGACCUACUUUCAUGCAAACUUCAUGACUUCAGACACCCGGCAGAAGCGCACCAUGAUGGGAUGGGGGUUCAAGUGUCAAUGCGAGGCAUGUGAAUGCCCUGGACUGCAAGAGGUAAGAGAACUGGUGCGAUCCAUGGAUGAUGGCAACAUGACAGACGAUGAUAUGACAGCACUGAUUGGAGCAGAGAAAAUGGCAUUGAUUGAGAAGAGCAUUGCAACCAAUGAGCGCAGGCAGCGGCUUGCGGCACUCAACACCCGGUUAAACACAGCAUCAUCCUUACGAAUGGUGAAGCAAAUCGUGGAAGAGAUGGAGGGCUUGUAUUGCAAGGAGAAGAUUUUACCGCAUUUGCUGGUAGAGUCACAAAUUGCUUUGGACCUCAUACAGGCACAUGUCGGUUUCGGCGGACCGGAGGUUGCAAAGUGGUGUCAGGCGUUGUAUGACAAGGAGCGGUUGCUGGAGGGCGAGACGCAUCCAAAGACCAGGAAGGUCAAGCAAUGGUUGUCCCGCACUCCUUCGGUUAUGGAAGUGGUGAACUAUGCCAACGGAAAUUGGUAGAUUGGAACGGCGACGAAGCGGUAGGUUGUGGAAUACCGGGAAGACCGGCAGGUGAGCGGAGUCGAAGGGCGAAAGGGCUGAAGGGGAGCUCGGAGUCGAAGGCCUUGGGUGUGUAUCUUAAGAGGGAAGACAACAAGUCUGACACCAAACCAAGUGUCGGUAGGUAGACUGGUUGAUGUUCCCGAACCGAACCCAGGGGGUCUACAUGUUAGACUGGUGUUUCUUCGAUGUUCACGUGAAAGUAACUGGAAAGUAAAGGAAAGUCACUUCCAAAGGGACCAUUUUCAUGUGAAAACCAACCUGGGCUGCCAUCUAUAUAACUCUUCAGGAGAUUAAGGAGUUUUUUGUUUCCAUGUGUUUACACUAAACAAUUUAGAAUUUGGAAUGCCUUGGGUAGUUGAUGAGGAUUUAAAUCAAGCCAGGCGCCUUGGGCGCAUGGUAAACCUAUGCACAUGGUACACGACCAGAAUCUUCUUUGCUGUGCCAGUUCAAGCUGUGUUUGAUGAAGUGGACAUGCCCAGGUGCACCGGAACCCAC